UGUUUCAAGUUCCCCUCUCCGGCUGAAACCCUGCCUGAUUUGUGGGCAAUGUUGGGGAUGUAGAAAAAAAAGAAAGAAAAGGAAACCGGAGCAAAGAGAGCGUAAGGAAGGGAGAGAUAGAGAGACAACACUAACUGGGUAGCUAUGGAGAUAGUAGGUUUUCCUGGUUGCUUUCUUUGACAGGUGUCGAGUGGGAUAAAAUAAAGUGUGAGAACAGCCUCCAAGAUGUACGGCAAGGGUAAAGGAGCUGUGGUUCCCUCCGAUAGCCAAGCGAGAGAAAAGUUAGCGUUAUAUGUGUACGAGUACCUGCUACAUGUGGGAGCACAGAAGUCAGCGCAGACCUUCCUGUCUGAGAUUCGAUGGGAGAAAAAUAUUACAUUAGGGGAGCCACCCGGAUUCCUUCAUUCGUGGUGGUGCGUAUUCUGGGAUUUGUAUUGUGCAGCUCCAGACCGAAGGGAGACGUGUGAACACUCCAGCGAGGCAAAGGCCUUCCAUGACUAUAGCGCAGCGGCAGCGCCGAGCCCGGUGAUGGGCAACAUGCCCCCCAACGACGCCAUGCCAGGUGGUCCCAUGCCUCCAGGCUUCUUCCAGGGACCGCCCGGCUCUCAGCAGUCCCCCCAUGCACAGCCCCCCCCACACAACCCCAGCAACCCCAUGAUGGGACCCCAUGGCCAGCCUUUCAUGUCACCGCGGUAUCCAGGUGGUCCACGCCCCUCACUCCGAAUGCCAAAUCAGCCUGGGGGAAUCCCGGGAUCGCAGCCUCUCCUGCCAAACAGUUUGGACCCAACAAGACCGCAAGGACAUCCUAACAUGGGUGGACCAAUGAGAAUGAAUCCUCCCAGAGGAAUGGCCAUGGGACCACAGAACUACGGAGGCAUGAGGCCUCCUCCCAACUCCAUGGGGGGUCCCAUGCCAGGAAUGAAUAUGGGUCCUGCAGGAAGGGGGCCAUGGCCAGGACCUAAUGCUAACUCAAUAGCUUACUCCUCAUCAUCACCAGGAAACUAUGUGGGUCCACCGGGUGGAGGCGGUCCGCCUGGAACUCCCAUCAUGCCCAGCCCAGGUGAUUCAACCAACUCCAGUGAAAACAUCUACACAAUGAUGAAUCCUAUCGGACCUGGAGGCAACAGACCCAAUUUCCCUAUGGGACCGGGGCCUGAUGGGCCAAUGGGAGCUAUGGGAGCCAUGGAGCCACAUCACAUGAAUGGAUCACUAGGGUCUGGGGAUAUGGAUGGGUUGCCAAAGAGCUCUCCUAACAAUAUGGGAGGUAUGAACAAUCCUCCCGGAACGCCGCGGGACGACGGCGAAAUGGGCGGCAACUUUUUGAACCCAUUCCAAAGCGAAAGUUAUUCACCCAACAUGACGAUGAGUGUGUGAUUUUCUUUUUUUUUUUCUUUUUAAUCUUUCUCCCCCAAUUUUUUGUGACUUUGCACCUGAUUUUUUUAAUUUUUAUUUUUUUAUCAUUUUCUUCAAUCCUAACUUGACCCUUGGACUGACCCGCCUCCUCUCAUCACACACACACCUUUUCUCUCUUGCCCCCCUCCGCCCGACGGCGGCCAUCCUCCACCGCCCCAACCCGCCCUCCGUCUUUCCUCUCUUCCCUUCGGGAACUGGUGUGGCCACGCAGCCUUCUGGGAGCGCCCUCGAGCAUGCUGGGACUCUAAUUAAGGCGGGUCCUCCCGGAGCGUGCAAAAUGGCUGCCGGCGUGAACAGGAAGCAGUCGCAGGGCAACAGGAAGGGCCUCCUCUCAGACUCCGGCCCCAGCCUCCCCGGCUUUCUCUCGGGGUCUAGACAAUGAGCGAGUGGAUGGAGGAGACCGGAGAGCGCCGCCGUCCCUCAUGGACUCUCUUUGCAGCUGCUGGGAAUCUCAUCAACCAGGAUUUUUAUUUUUUUUUCUCAUCUUUAUUGGUUUUUGUUUUUGCUCCCAACAGAUUCCAUGGAGGGCCCUCGAUGUCCCUACAACAUUGUUUGUUUUUUUUCUGUAUGUGUACAUUUGUAACAGAGUUGUUGUGAUGAUCAGUGAACAUGUUUUUCCAAAAUUCUUUUGUGUAUGUAAUGUAUCAUUGAUGUUUUUAUUUUAAUUGUAUUAUUAUUAUGAUAUUGCUAUCAUUUUAAGAUUAAGGUUGUUUUUUUUUGUUUGUUUUUAGGGGCACACUGUUUAAAUGAAGACAGCACAUGCGCGCACGCACACACACACACACACACACGAGUCUCAGAUACAGAUUCCUCUCAUUUAGAAUAUCUUUGCAAAGUUAAUUCGUGUCAGAAAUUCAAUUCAAAAUGUUAAAUUAACCAGAGUUGAAUGUUGUAAGUGUAUAUUUAAGUAAGUGAUUAUAGCUGACGGCUGAUGAAAAUGCAAAAUGCGGUUUCCAACAAAAUUUUAAUGAAAACCAUCAAAAAAAAAAGUUACUGAAAAGCAUGUAAACUCAUUAUAUGCACUCAGUUCUUGAUCCGGGACACUUUUGCAUUAAUUUCUGCAUCAGUAGAUUCUCUGCGGGGGUUUAAGUCAUGCAAGUUUACCAGCUAAUCAAGCUCAGACUGCACCGAAACAAAAAAACUGUGCUGCUGAACAACAGUACAGUCUGACUUUGUGUCGGCUUAAGGAAUGUGACAGCUGUACUCCGUGUUGGUGCAUGUAAUCAUACAAUAGCACAUUUUUCUUCUUCCACCCAGUUUUCCAUUAACAUGCUUAGAGCAGAGUGUUUCAUCACUGUCAGGUCAGAGGUCACAUCUUAGCUGAAGCUGCAUUUCAGAUUUUCUAUUGGCUGUUGACCUUGAUCAGCUGGAUAAAUAUAUCACUCUGUCAGUUUCACAUUUUGAAUUUAAACACUGAAAUAAAUGUUUUGAUAUUCAGACUCACUGAGAAGCACCUGUAAUUUGCUGCGCAUCACAUGGCUUUCUGUGAGCACACUGCCCCCUGCUGGUGGGAUUUUAUUUCAUCCAUUACGGUACCUAUUGAGCAUUUUGAAAACAUCCAGACCUUUUUACUCCCUUGCUCACCAGCAGCUCUGCCUCCUGCUUUUGUAACUUUGCUGCAGUAAAAAAAUAAUAAUAAUAAUGAUGCACAGCUCUAUUUAUUUAUGUACUUUUAAUUUGUUUAUAAAUCCUUUUCUUUUUUUUAAGUGUCAUCCCUGUUUUUGUCGUUGAUUGCAGAAUUGGUAGCAACUGUUUAAAUCUGCAGAUGCACUCAGCAGAGUCCUCCAUCUGAGCCCGAAAGGUUCUGUCCACUCCACCCCACCGUCCUCUGCAAACUUUGCGAUCUUUUUCGUCUGCCUGUGCUGUUUUGGAGCUUGAUUUGCCGAAAGGAAGGUCUGGGAGCCGCAAAUCUCUGCUCCGUUGACUAAAAGAGCGAUAUCCCUCCUCUUCCUCCUCCUCCUCCGUCCUUCUCUCUUUAUUCUCAUCUCUCCAUCAGGCUGGGAUUCUCACACAAACACCACUUUUUUCCCCCCUCCAUCAUUUCUGGAUUGUUUUGUACAACUCUCCAUGUUUUUUGAUUUGUUCUGUUGUUUUUUUUUUUCCUUUUUGUAAAUACUGUAAAAUGCAUUUUGAUAUCAUUGACAUGUUUUGAUAUUUCAAAUCACAACUGAACAGUUGAUCAGUAGCGUGCUGAUUCAGGCAAACUGUGUGUACUUUUAACCAGAAAUGAUAUGAAACUUAAAAAACCGGAGCUGCUAUAGACGAUUAUGCUAUUUCACCUCACAACCCAUAUUACGUGGGGGUUGGGGGGGUCUCUCGGUGCUGCAACUGGACAAAAGGAGGAAAAUUACCUGUAGUUAGUUCUGGGAUAACUCAUCGACACAUGUUUUAAACAUGGUGCCUUUGAGGCGACAAAGAAAAAUACAAAGUAGGAAUUUUUUUCUUCUUCUUCUUUUUGUUUUGCAAUUUUUUGGCAGAAUUUUCAAAGACCGGGUGCAAAAGCAAAUGACACUUGGUCUCGGAUGCACUGCAGCUCAGCUUCUUUUGACUUGACGACAACAACAACAAAAAACACAAACAAACAAAAAAAAAAACAAAGCAGGGCACACAGGACACUGGCUCUCAG